UUGCGUGAUAUUUGCGCAGCUGUACCUGAACUGGAUUAUAUCUGCAUCGACGUUGCGAAUGGAUAUUCUGAGUAUUUUAUUGAAUUCAUUCGUAAAGUUCGUGAAGAAUUCCCGAGACAUACAGUGUUGGCGGGAAAUGUGGUGACUGGAGAAAUUGUCGAAGAAUUGCUUCUCACUGGUGCUGACAUUGUAAAGGUGGGUAUUGGACCAGGAUCUGUUUGCACUACGCGAAAGAAGGCUGGUGUUGGUUACCCGCAGUUAAGCGCUACUAUGGAAUGCGCUGAUGCAGCACACGGCUUAAACGGCCAUGUAAUUAGUGAUGGUGGUUGCACGAAUCCCGGUGAUGUUGCCAAAGCUUUUGGUGGAGGAGCCGACUUCGUAAUGAUUGGAGGUCUCUUCGCUGGACAUGAUCAAAGUGGUGGAGAAGUUAUCGAAAAAGACGGACGAUUGCGUGAUAUUUGCGCAGCCGUACCAGAACUGGAUUAUAUCUGCAUCGAUGUCGCGAAUGGAUAUUCUGAGCAUUUUAUUGAAUUCAUUCGUAGAGUUCGUGAAGAAUUCCCGAGGCAUACAGUGUUGGCGGGAAAUGUGGUAACUGGAGAAAUUGUCGAAGAAUUGCUUCUCACUGGUGCUGACAUUGUAAAGGUGGGCAUUGGACCAGGAUCUGUGUGCACUACGCGAAAGAAGGCCGGUGUUGGAUACCCGCAGUUAAGCGCUACUAUGGAAUGCGCUGAUGCAGCACACGGCUUAAACGGCCAUGUAAUUAGUGAUGGUGGUUGCACGAAUCCCGGUGAUGUUGCCAAAGCUUUUGGUGGAGGAGCCGACUUCGUAAUGAUUGGAGGUCUCUUCGCUGGGCACGAUCAAAGUGGUGGAGAAGUUAUCGAAAAAGACGGACGAAAGUUCAAACUUUUCUACGGAAUGAGUUCGGAUACUGCGAUGACCAAACAUCAGGGAAGUGUUGCAGAGUACAGAUCAAGCGAAGGGAAAACUAUAACGAUACCUUAUAGAGGUGAUGUAAAUGCUACAGUGCAAGAUAUUUUGGGUGGUCUCCGUUCCGCUUGCACCUACACUGGAGCUGCAAAACUAAAGGUCAGCUACUGUUUACCGAAAGAGCUCAACUAA